AUCGAGGGUGCCCUUGGACUAAAGAAGAACAUCAAAUAUUUUCUUCAAUUCCAUAGGAGAAGUAGUUCAGAAUCUUAGGGAUCCCAAAUAUGGAUUUUAAAGGAAUUUAGAUUUUUAAAGAAUCCUUUCAAAUCGAGUAUCCUCAUUCCAUGAAUUUCUAUUUUUUUUUUGUUUGAGCUGAUUUUGAUGAAUUUCAUAUGAAAAAUAAUGCUCAAACCAUACCACACAUUGUUUCAAGCUAGCCCCUCGAGUUCGCAACUUCGACCACUCCUCCCGUCCUCCGGCUACAGGUAGCAAGAUGAAUGCCAAUGCCCUGUUUGCAAAGAGGAAGGGCAAGACCCAGGCAAAGGAGAAGGGGCCCUCGAGCCAGAAGCCAGCCGAUGCGUUUUUCCCGAAGGUCGUAGAGCCUUCUGCUGGGGAUUUCCAUGCUGCUGAGGGGACCGGGGGGUCGAAGGCCGAGGCGGCCGCGAAGAAGAAGAGGGGUGGUAAGGGGGUGGAGCCCCCUACCAAGAAGCAGAAAGCCGCCGGGGGCGAUGUUGAGGGGGCGGCCCCCCUCAUAGUUAUUGAUGACAUGCCCUCCACUGAUGGGCCUCUGGCCUCGGUCACCCCGAAGGCUCCGGUGAAUCUCCCCCCGGAGGAAUUACCCCGGGAGAUCCGUCAACUCUCCUUUGCCCCCGGUGCUUCACUGAUGCACGGUACUGCCGAGCCGAGGGCCUUCCUACGGGGCAUCACCUCGAAGAUGGACAGGGAAGUCUUCGAGACAUACGACGAUGAUGCCCUCGAGAACAGGAUCCUCCGGUCCUCUCUCACUGCCUGCAUAGCCCUCGGGGAACAGGCCCGGAGGCGUGAGGAACGGCGCCUUCACGAGGCCGAGCAAGACAAGAAGAUGGAGGGGCUGAUUCGCAAGAACUCUGAAGCGAUGAAGCAUGCUGCACAGCUGGAGGAGGCCCUCUGGGAGGCGAAGGCGGCGGAGGAGAAAGCCAAGGCCGAUGGCAUAGCCGAGGGCGAGGCAGAGGCCGAGAGGGUUGCCGCCGAGGCGGCGAAGAAAGCUGCCGAUGAAGCCCAAACCGCCAAGGAGGGAGCCGUGGCCAAGGCCCGAGGGGAGGCAGUUGCUGAGUUCCUUGCCGAGGGCUGGAGGACCGAGGGCCACAAGGAGUGGGUGGCCUCCGUGGUGGCGGCCUCGGUGGAUGCUUGGGUAGAAGGCCCCGGGGUUGACUGGCUGACAGAUAGGGGCGACGCCUACUACCAGGGGGGUGAAUUCUUUACCCAGCAUUUGAUUUACCAGAGGCUCGCCAGGCACUUUGGCGUAUCCCUCGAUCAAUUUGACCCCUCAGCAUACAGCCUCCCUCCAUUACAACCAGAUGUGAGAGUUCCCCUCCCCCCGGGCGAAGAGCGGCCGACGAUAUACGACUCUGUGAUGAUGGGGGGUGAUGGGGGCGGAGCCGCCGCAGGUGAUGCUGCUGGGGAAGAAGUCUCCUCCAAGGCCGCCGUAGAAGAUGCCCCCGGGGAUAAUGAUGCUGAGGCCACAGAGAAGACUUGUAAUUAGAAAUUUCUGAACAUACUCUUGUAAUGAACACCAUUGAUCCUUCGGCUUCAGCCUGUUUGUAACAAUUACAUUUACUCCUUUUUUUGAUGAUUGAAUGAUUGCCUUCGGGCUUUGUAUAUAUGGCUUGUUUUCUUUAAUUCAUUUCUUCUUGAAUGUA